UUUUUAAUGUUAUUUAUCACGUAAAUCCUUUUCAUAUGCAGAUUUAGAUGAAACUUUAAUUCAGAUUUGAAUAGUUUUAUAGGCUUCUCAGUAUUCAGUCUUGAAAAUAUGGUUUUACAUGGUUUAAAAAUUAUAAAUUUGACUUUACCGCGUUUAUAGUUCAAGGACGUUCUAGCUGUCUCUUUCGCUCUCAUUGUUCUGGGCGCCAGUCUAGAUGAGCGAGCUGUAGCGUACAUUUCCUACUCGAUAAAUUGUUUUUCAGGCGUUCCGCCAUUAUUAUUAAAUAUUUCAUCAUUGGUGAAGCUAUAAUACAUUACAUUAGAGGACAUUUUAACCGUAUAACUCAUCAUUUGUGCCAUAAGUUUGUGGGAUUGCUGUGAAUGCGUGUUUAAAGUGCCUCAUUUCCUGUUUCAUAUUGUACAGAAAGAAACAAGCAACUGCGACGAGUGAACUCUUUUUCGUUAUCACAGAAGCGAAGCGAGCGACACUCGGUUUGUCUGCGCCGCUGGCCUAUGGAGCCGGCGGGAGAUUGAUUUUGCGGAUAAUGUGCGAGCCCGGCCCUCGGGUCGUAGUGAACGUGAAUAGCAGUGUCAGUGCAGUGUAGUGUAGUGUUAGUGUCCCCUGUGUUACAUAAGUGUGGGGAUGGUCGGGGUGGAGAACCCGCCGUGAGGCUCGGGGCGGGCUGGCGCGGGCAUGGCCCCCGCGCUCCACGACGCUGCCCGCGACGCCGCUCCCCCCCCGCCCUCCGCGCAGGACCGCAGACGGGCGCUCGCGUCCGUCGACAACGUGCCCCUCAUGGACGAGGACGACAUGGGCCUCGCCAACGCCCCCAACCUCGUCAAAGACUCCCAGGAGAUGGAGCAGAUACUGGUCGAACUCGGAAAUGGUGAGCUGGGAAACGCUGACCUGCUCCAAGCCAUCAAAACUCUAGAGAGUGGUGGUGACAAUCUAUCUACUGGAGAUACUGAUGCCAUAUUCCCCCUCAGCGGGUUUGACUUGCCAGAUGCAUUGGAAUCCGAGGGGGAUGCAGCUGAGGACAAAAUAAGACUGUUACAGGCCCGCCUUGAGCGGCGCUGUGCAUUUCUACAAAGGAGGCUGCGAAUACUGCAAGCCCAAGCUAUUGGGAAGAGAGUGUCUGAGGAAGUAGCCCAGACGUUUGAUAAGUGUGUGAGAGGUGCCCGUAAAGAUGGCAGUGGAAGAACUAAUGGCUUGAAGGCAUUGCUGAAGAGAAUCGAGACUACAUCCGCUUUGCAGGCCAGUGCUGCAUCACGGUCUGUAGUUGGACCUAAAUAUUUCAAUGCUGGGACAUCUAAGGGUGAUGCUUCAAAGUCAGCGUCUGUUGGGAUACCAUCAGGGACUCUGACUGGUUUGGAGGACACGGCUGGGGCACUGCGGUCCCACCUGACUGUGGUGAAGCGGGAGCUGGACUCUGAUGCUACUCUGUCAUCAUCUGGAGCUGAGAGCAAUGAUGAAGCUGUGGUGUACAACAAUCCUCAUCAACAACCCAUGCCCAUUGAGAAGCGCGCACUGUGGUCGUGGCAGCGCGCGCGCGCGUCCAUCGCGUCGCGCUGGGGCUGGCUGCAGGCGCAGGUGCAGGAGCUCGAGUACAAGAUACGCCAGCACGCCGACCUUCAUCGACAGGUGCGCUCAGCAAAAGGCACCAUAGAGUUUGAGGGCGAGCCGGCGGCCUACGAGGGGCCUCUGCCGGGCGACGCGGAGGUCGACUCGUGCGCGCGCGUCCGACCACUCAAGAGAGAGAGCUUCAAGAAGAGGAAACUGCUCCAGAUGCAUAAUCUGCAUACUGCUACGGAGAAGGCGGCUAAACCUGCUGAUGUCAGAUGCGGCUGCCUACACCCAGUAGAGAGCUGCGCGGUGUGCACGGGGCGGCCGGUGUCGCUGGAGCCGCUGCCGGCGUGGAGCUGCCUGCCGCCCGCGCAGCGCCUGGCUCGCGCGCAGCCGGCCCACCACCCCGUGCUCAGUGACGUUAGAGACAUAUCCCCGUCCAUGCAUCUCUCGGCGCUAUCGUCCCGCGCGUGGUUCCGUUCCCGUGCCUGGCGGGCGGGGCGGCCGCAGCGAGCCCCCGCCCGCCCCCCGCGCCGCCCGCCGCCGCCUGACCCGCCUGUGCGACGGUUGAAGCGCGGGCGGCCGCCGCUGUCGCGCAAGCUGCGAGAACGCGAGCGAUUGCACGCGGACGACGACGCCGCCUCCAGCCACGAACGCACGCCGCGGCCCCGAGCCAGCACAGAGUCGCGCGCGCGCCCGCACUCCGCCUACGACAUCGACAACAUCGUGAUCCCGCAGAGCGUCGCCGCCAACACGCGCCCCGAGAUACUGCUCUACAAGGAGAUCAUCACGCCCAAAUGGCGCGUGAUGGAGGUCCCUGAGGAGCCGCUUAACAACGGCGUCUCGAAGGAACACUACAACUACUACCGACACAGCUUGUCGGAUAGCGAGGACGAGGACAUAUCGGACGCGGCGGUCAAGGCGCGCCACAUCCGCUCUGAAGUGUCUGAACGCAGCCGCUUCCUGCAGAAGCAGCGGUCGCGCCGCGCGCACGCCGGCACGGAGGGGGACGCGCCGCCGCCCGCGCCGGCGCCUGUGUUGCCGCUGGUGCCGCAUGAGACAGUAAAACCCUACUCGCCGCGCCAGUUCCCGCUGCCGGACACGACCUACACGGACAUGCUGUCGGCCAUGCCGGACGGGCACCGCCACGCGUCGCCUGAACCCUCCACCCCGACUAACAACGACAACGACCACGACGAAGACAUGGAGUCACUGUCGCUGUCACCGAUGUCGCCGCUAGUCUUCGAGGGCGAUGACCCUGAUGAUGUGGAGUGGGACCCCAUGAGGGAGAAAGGGGAGAGACGGAAAAGCCACGCGUACAGAUGAGAUGGUGGUGCGUAGUGAGGAUAGUGAAGUGAAGUGUGACUGUGCUAUUGUGAUGUUGGGUUUGUGUCUAGAGUUUGGUCGGAUAGAUGUGCUUGUCUGAAAGUAGCUUGUAAACACAAGUGAUGCAAAUACAUACAUUUUAGACAUGCACACUUAUCGGGUAGUAACUCUAUAUACCAGAGAUUAGUAAGGUGAGUCGUGUGUUUGAUCAAAGCUAAGAAGAUAAAAUAUCAUAAUAAUAUGACAAUUAUUAUGACAUUGUUUAGUAUUGCCUUGCAUAUCUCUGGUGGAUAUAGAAAUUUGAGGCUCUGAGUGACCUAGAGUAAAGGAGACCCAAAAUGUUAAUUGUAUAUAAAUUGAUUCAGUAGUAUUUUUUGUAAAACCAUUAAUAUUGUUCGCCAGUGUAUUAAAAUCCAAAGUAACACACAAAACUAAUUAAACAGGGUUGCUACAGUCCUUGCGGUUCCGGUAAUGUUGGGUUGGUUGAUGGUGAAAGUAUACGCAAUAGUGUGUUCAAAAAUUUGGAAAAUUCUCAUUGAUUCUUUGCUGGUGUUGCCAAAAUAUACUCUUUAUGAGUAGGUAUAUUUUAAAAUUUGUGGUUUAGGUAAUGUUAUUAUGCUAAUGAUUAAUCAUAACAAGCAGUGAUGUAACUACCCCCGUGUGUAUGAACCCAUCCCAGUGCGUAAUGUUAACAAAAUGUUUACCUACUUUACCAUGAACAAAUACUAUUUAUACUAUUUUCGCAUGCCUGUAAAUAAUUCAGAGAUAUUAAUUGGGCUUAUUGUCUUUAUGUACAUCUUAUAAACAUUAAUUUCAUAAUAUGUAAGGCCUAAAAUAAGCCAUAUCUUGUGUCUUACUAUAAUAUAAACAUAAUUUCCUUGAUAAUAAUGUAUUUCAAGAUACAUUAUUAUAAAAUAUCCUAAACAUAAUUUAACUGUUCAAGGGUAAGAGAAUAAGUAUUUUCUAAAUUUAGAUACACAUUAAAUUGGAAUAUGUAUUGUAUUUUGUAAACUAAUUAAUAUGAUAUGAAUGCUUUAUGAAGUAAGUUAAAAUAAACUUUUAUUAAUUUGCGUUACUCUAUGUAAUGUUGGUCGGGUAUAUUUUAUUUUACUGGUCGUUUUGGUUUGACAAAUAUUGUUUAUGUAGAGUUAAAUGAAGUAUUGUAACUUAAUGUUCAAGUCCAAAAGUGUAAAGCUUUACUAUUUGUAAGAUAAUAACCAUCGUAAAAGAUUUCAUUACUUCUUAUGUGGAUGUAAAUAUAUGUGUGAAGGUAAUAUUAACGGCUGUUAAUCCUAUAAACAUUUUGUAUAAAAUGUAUUCUGAUCAAACCAGUGUGCUACAUUUAAUUUACAUUCCCACAAAAACCUUUGUUAUUAUUUAAUACUAUGUGUAUUGAUUUAAAUAAGUACAUAACGCUGCAUAACAAAUACCAAUGUAUUAGUUAAGUAUCUAUUCAGAAACAUGUCUAGUUUGUUCACUAUAAUAAAUAACUAGUAUUUUUCGGCUAAAUAAGUGUCGAGGAUACGUGUGUAAAAAUAAUUAUUGUGUUGUUAAGAUUUUAGAUGUAAGGGUGUUUCCACACAGUACACUUUCUGUAGCAACGCAAGCAAGAGUCUUGUGAGUGUUUUGUGCAAACUGAGAGCCUAGUGUAGGUUUUCCUUAACCGAUCGAGUAGUGAAAACGAACGCAAAUUUGUAUGGUGCGGAGCUAGUACAGCGCCAGCGCGUGAUCGCUCACCCGCGCCAUACAAAUUCUCGAUACUCGUCACUACUCGAACGGUGUAAAACUAGCACUCAGCAUGGUGGUUAUCUGUUUGUUGACAUCGGAGACUGGUGUUUGUCUUGUUACAAAAGCUGUGGGGAGAGCGGUGUUCGCCGCCGCCAAGCGUUGUGUAAAUACUGGGCGGACACUGGCAGUAACUAAUAGACUGGCUACAAUAUAAUGAGAAUCUCUCUAAGAGAACGGCAAAUCUAAUUACAAUGAUUACAAGGGAAAUGUGAUACCUUACUAGAUAAGGUACGAGCAUGAGUGUAGUACGAACGCAUGGUGUGAAGUGGAUAAAUAACGCAUUUGCUUGUGUCAUACAUAAUUGAUGUGAAAAUCUGGCGAAUGAUUGCAGAAAUUGAAUGAAGUAUGUUUCUAUUUUUAAGAGAAGCCAAAGUCUUCUUGUUUGUUUGUAAGUGUACUUUUAGUUUUUUAAGAUGAUGACUUGAGUCAAGUUUUAAAGAGCGCUUCAGAAAUACAGAUGUCUUGUAUAGUAUAAAGAAUAAAAGUUAAAAUUGAAGAGUU